AUGAAGGGUUGGAAUGACGUAUCGUACCAUGGCUCGGAUCAAAUAUCAACCCCUAAUUUGGAUGCACUUGCCUCUAGUGGUGUGAUUAUCAAACAGUAUUAUAGUGAAGCCAUUUGCACACCCGCUAGAGCUGCACUUCUCACUGGGAAAUAUCCGAUGCGACUUGGUAUGCAAGGUAUGCCUUUGUAUAACUCCGAAGAUCGCGGUAUUCCGUUAACUGAAAGAUUGUUGCCGGCUCGUUUGAAAGAGCGAGGUUAUAAGACGCAUUUAGUGGGAAAAUGGCAUGUUGGAAUGUCUAAGAAAGAGUAUUUGCCAACAAGUCGUGGUUAUCACAGCCACUACGGUAUACGCGGUGGUUUCGUUGACUAUUAUACGUAUAAUAAAAUAGAGACGUUGCCUGAUGGAAGACUCUUCUACGGAUUGGAUUUCUUUGACAACGAUAUACCCCAAACCACAGAGGAGCGCUAUGUGGUCGAUGCUCUAACGGAUAGAGCUGUUGAAAUUAUUCACAAUCAUAAUACAUCAGAGCCACUCUUUUUGCAUUAUACUUCGUGUGCGCCACACGCUGGCAACGCAGGGGGGGCGCUACAACCCCCUCUUAACUCGUAUUUGGGAAACCGUCACAUCGCUAAUUCAGAUAGACGACUUUAUGCAGAAGUUGUCAGGCAUUUAGACUACAGCGUUGGAAGAUUGGUGCGAGCAUUGUCAGACAGAGGAAUUCUGCAUAAUACUAUUAUAGUGUUCAUAUCUGAUAAUGGUGCUCCGACGGUGGGCCAGUUCAGUAACUGGGGCAUAAAUCUACCCUUCCGAGGUCGAAAGCAAACUCCGUGGGAGGGAGGUGUUCGAGUGCCUGCUUUUAUUUGGCAUUCAUCUUUGAAACCCAAAGUUUGGGAUGGCUUAAUGCAUAUCACUGACUGGAUGCCCACAUUGAUUGCCGCAUCUGGUGGAGAAGUUGAUGAAAAAAUAGAUGGUGUCAAUCAAUGGCCAUCAAUAGUGCAAGGACAGAAGUCUCCUAGAAAGGAAGUUUUAAUUGCUGUUGAAGAUAGAAAUACCGUUUACGCCGCAUUCAGGGCCGGUGAUUACAAAAUUGUUAUUGGAAAUGUUACUGGGUUGGCCAAUGGAUAUUAUGGUGCCGAGUUUUUAGCUAAUAAAGAAGCACCACCUGAUUACUUUGCUUCUCUCGUUACAUCAGAUGUUGCGAAGGUUUUAGAAACACUGGGAAUUAAUUACGAUUACGGAGAAGUAAUGGCUACAAGACGGGCGGCGAUGGUUAAACAAAUAGAUCAAGUCAGGGACCAAGAACCAUGUGUACCAUCAGCAACUCGCGGUUGUUUAUACAACGUCCAGAAAGAUCCUUCCGAGAGUCACAACCUCUGGUCUCGAGGGCAAAAAAUUACAACUUUGUUAACAAUAAGGCUACGAGCUCUUUGGUCAGAAUUGCUCAGGCGUGGUUCAACCAAAUUGGACGAUGAAUCCGACCCUGCUAAUUUCAAUUAUAUAUGGUUACCAUGGAUAGACAAUAAUACAAUAAGUACAAAUGAGGCUACUAAAUCCAGUGGAAGUGUAAGAAAUGCAAAUUUACUUUCCUACAGCAGUAACCUUUACAAUUAUACUUUAUCCAGUAACGUUACUGGUUGUGAGUGUACUCAUGGUUUUCGUAACUUCUUAUGCCUCUUAAGGAGUGUGUUCAAAUGAAAGUACAAUUAUGAGACUAUAAACGUUCUCAAUAUUAAAUUGUGAACGUUCGGCAUUUAAGUAUUUUUAUACAAUAUAUUAUGUAAGUAACUUAACAAAUGACAAGUUUGUGUUUUUGUCUGUGUGUUUUUUUAAUAAAGUUGAUA